GUGACUUCCUGAUCUUCAAGUCAACUCUUGCAGGCGGCUGAAAUAAAAUAAAGGUGCAAAAACAUUUGAGGAACUUCACUCUUCUCUAUAUCGUUUAUCUGCCUGCUUGAAAGAACUGGAGAAAAUAGUUUCUGCCUCUCCUGACACACAGAGAUGGCUGCAGCUCUGACUGUCCUUCUCAUCGGCUGUCUGCUGCAAACUGCCCUGUGUGGACAGUUCAAGACCAUUAUACCACAGACUAUAAAAGUCCUGAGUGGAUCCUGUGUGACCAUCCCCUGCUCCUUUGAUGUAGAGGACCAGUAUAUCUCACGUAUUGAUGGAACAUGUAGAGCAAUGUGGAAAUCUGAUGAACAGACUGUUGUGUUUGACAGCAGUAAUCCACAAUCAAGUGCAAUACAAGGAGAACUGAAAGGAGACUUGACAAGAAGAGACUGCAGCACAACCCUGAACAACAUGAGACCUGAGCACAGCAAAGAAUAUUUAUUAAGAGUGCAAUGUGAUGUGUUCAAACAUAGUUUUCGUGACCAGAAGUUGCACAUUUCAGUCACAGAUGAUCCACCCACACCGACUCUGACUCCGUCCACACUGAAGGUGGAGGAGGGAACCUCAGUGAGUUUGAAGUGCUCUGCUCCAGCUCCCUGUCUGUCUCAUCCUCCAGCUCUGACAUGGACCUCCAGCCUGGUUCACAUUCAGGAGUCACUGCAGGAGAAUCUGGACAGAACUAAAGUCCAGACCUCUGUUCUGACCUUCACUGCUUCUCGCCUUCAUCACGGAAAGAUAAUCUCCUGUACUGCAGUCUACAACAAACAAGAUGGCAGCUCUCAGUCAGUUAGCACCAGUUUGACAGCUGAUGUUUCAUUGUCUUCACAGUUUAUCAUCUUGCCACAGACUAUAGAGGUUCUGAGUGGAUCCUGUGUGACCAUCCCCUGCUCCUUUGAUGUAGAGGACACGUAUAAAUCAAAUGUGGAUGAAACAUGUAGAGCAGUGUGGAAAAAUGAUCAAGGGACUGUUGUGUUUAACAGCAGGGAUCCACAAACUACAGGACAUUUGACAGGAAAGUUAACAAACAGAGACUGCACCACAACCCUGAACAACAUGAGACCUGAGAACAGCAUGAAGUAUUUUUUCGGACUUGAAUGCGACAAUGGCCUUAAAUAUGAUUUUAAAACAGGACAGAUGGACAUUUCUGUCAAAGAUGAUCCACCCACACCGACUCUGACUCCGUCCACACUGAAGGUGGAGGAGGGAGCCUCAGUGAGUUUGAAGUGCUCUGCUCCAGCUCCCUGUCUGUCUCAUCCUCCAGCUCUGACAUGGACCUCCAGCCUGGGUCACAUUCAGGACUCACUGCAGGAGAAUCAGGACAGAACUAAAGUCCAGACCUCUGUUCUGAACUUCACUGCUUCUCGCCUUCAUCAUGGAAAGAUAAUCUCCUGUACUGCAGUCUACAACAAACAAGAUGGCAGCUCUCAGUCAGUUAGCAGCAGUUUGACAGCUGAUGUUUCAUGGUCUUCACAGUUUAUUGCCUUCAUGCCACAGACUAUAGAGGUUCUGAGUGGAUCCUGUGUGACCAUCCCCUGCUCCUUUGGUGUAGAGGACACGUAUAAAUCAAACGUGGAUAAAACAUGUAGAGCAGUGUGGAAAAAUGAUCAAGGGACUGUUGUAUUUGACAGCAGGGAUCCACAAACUACAGGACAUUUGACAGGACAUUUGACAGGAAACUUAACAAACAGAGACUGCACCACAACCCUGAACAACAUGAGACCUGAGAACAGCAUGAAGUAUUUUUUCGGACUUGAAUGCGACAAUGGCCUUGAAUAUGAUUUUAAAACAAGACAUAUGGACAUUUCUGUCAAAGAUGAUCCACCCACACCGACUCUGACUCCGUCCACACUGAAGGUGGAGGAGGGAACCUCAGUGAGUUUGAAGUGCUCUGCUCCAGCUCCCUGUCUGUCUCAUCCUCCAGCUCUGACAUGGACCUCCAGCCUGGGUCACAUUCAGGACUCACUGCAGGAGAAUCAUGACAGAACUAAAGUCCAGACCUCUGUUCUGACCUUCACUGCUUCUCGCCUUCAUCAUGGAAAGAUAAUCUCCUGUACUGCAGUCUACAACAAACAAGAUGGCAGCUCUCAGUCAGUUAGCACCAGUUUGACAGCUGAUGUUUCAUUGUCUUCACAGUUUAUCACCUUCAUGCCACAGACUAUAGAGGUUCUGAGUGGAUCCUGUGUGACCAUCCCCUGCUCCUUUGGCGUAGAGGACAAAUAUAAAACAAAAGAGGAUGAAACAUGUAGAGCAGUGUGGAAAAGUGAUCAAGGGACUGUUGUUUUUAACAGCAGGAAUCCACAAACUACAGGACAUUUGACAGGAAACUUAACAAACAGAGACUGCACCACAACCCUGAACAACAUGAGACCUGAGAACAGCAUGAAGUAUUUUUUCAGACUUGAAUGCGAUGGUGUGAAAUAUGAUUUUUUAGAAAAACAGGUGGACAUUUCAGUCAAAGAUGAUCCACCCACACCGACUCUGACUCCGUCCACACUGAAGGUGGAGGAGGGAACCUCAGUGAGUUUGAAGUGCUCUGCUCCAGCUCCCUGUCUGUCUCAUCCUCCAGCUCUGACAUGGACCUCCAGCCUGGGUUACAUUCAGGACUCACUGCAGGAGAAUCUGGACAGAACUAAAGUCCAGACCUCUAUUCUGAACUUCACUGCUUCUCGCCUUCAUCACGGACAGAUAAUCUCCUGCACUGCAGUCUACAACAAACAAGAUGGCAGCUCUCAGUCAGUUAGCACAAGUUUGACAGCUGAUGUUUCGUACUCACCCAAACACACCACAGUGUCAGUCAGUCCCUCUGGUCCAGUACCAGAAAACAGCAUUGUGACUCUGACAUGCAGCAGUACUGCCAACCCAGCAGUAAGGAGCUACACCUGGUACAGAGCUGACGGAGGUCAGGAGACUGUCAUGGGGACUGGACAUGUUUUAAACAUUAAAGCUUCAAGAGACAUUGGUCCUUUUUUCUGCGAGGCAGAAAAUGCUAUUGGAUCUGGACGGUCCAACAUCAGUCAAAUAGAUGUUCACAUUGCUCCACAGAUCCUGUCCUCAUAUGGCUGCAUUCAAACUGCAGACCAGCUCAACUGUUCCUGUGAGACUGUGGGGAAUCCUCCUCCUGCUCUACAGUGGUAUUUGGAUGGGUUACCUGUCAAUCACUCUGACAGGUUUGCAACCAGCAGUGAGCCUCUAAACAUCUCAGGUCUGAGGAGCAUCAUCACUGUGAGUCAACCACAACAGAGGGAUCUUUCCACUUUGCUCUGCCACAGCUCCAACUCCCUGGGAUCAGCUACUCAGAGAUUUUGUGUCAACAACCUUGAGCCUCAAAUAUCUGCAAAACAUCAAGACUUCGUGAUGUUGCUAGUGUUCAUCACCAUAAUUGUGGCUCUAUUUCUAAUAAUAUGUGGUCUGCUGUUGGUCAUCAGGGCACAGAGGACUCACCAGGUCGUUCAUAAGAGCACAGUUGCUAUGAGCCAAGUUCUCACAAGUGGAGAGGCAGAUGAGGAACCCAAUGCAGAAGAAGAAGCCAUUUAUAUCAAUACCAACGAGGCGAGACAGGGAGGUGUCGCCGAACCUGCAGCCAACUCCGAGCCAAACAGCGCCAACUUGCCCGGUGAGGAGGGCAGUGAUGUGAUUUACUCUUCUGUGAAUUGGAAAACCAAGAGCAGGAAGAGGAAGGAAGAAGACUCUGAACAAGGGUCAGCCUGGUAACUCCUACCUUGAGGAGGAGAGGUGCGCAGUGGGAGCAAUGAGCAGAAAUUUUGUCAGUGAUGCACUUGAGAUGGGAAACCUAUACGAUGAAUUCCAGCCUGGACCGGAGAAUAAGGCAGUGGAAUGUGAAUAUGCCCAGGUUAAAUUUAAAAGGAAGAGUGUUUUGCGCAAUUAGAUCACAGGUCACUAUAUUGUUGUGCAAGUUAUUUUUUUAUUUUUGUUUUUGUAGCUGUCGUUGCUUUGAAACAUAAAUUUAGAUUGAACAGAAUCAUGUUCCCUUGUUUUUUUAUGUAGUUUAUUUGGCUUUUUUUAAAAAAUUUUUUUACAGUUUUUUGGGUCACUUCAUAUUUUUGUGCAUAAUUAUUGUCAGGCUCGACAAAGAGAGAGGACUCAGAUGCAGACUGGCGACGGUAAUGACAGGUUUUAUUUUCAGGUUCGUAUCUCUUCAGACAGAAUGAUAAAUAAAUUGGCUAUGAAAAACUUUGGGUCCAGAGGACAAGACAAGACAAUAAAGAGCACAAAAUGAACAAAAAACACUCCUGUAGGAGGAAAUAGGAAAACUAUACUGAUCUCAAAAAACUAAUACUAUGAAAAUUUAAUAAACAAGAACUCACUCUCAGAGGAAAAAGCUCACAGGCUAUCAAAAUUAUGUACUCUAUGUUACAAAAAUUAUCAAAAGAAAAUGCUCCAAAGGAGGAAAAAGCAAACACUAUCAAAUUAUCUGGCUGGAAACAAAAAGGUCUGACCAACAAUUAUUAACACAAAAUCACUCAUCUUCAGAGGAAUACAAAGACAGAAAAUAAAGCUUGACAAUACUUAACUUGGCAAGGAACAAGACUAUCAACAAGGCUGGAUAUAUUCAACAGGACAAACGAAAUACUCUGGCAACACAGACAGGGAAAGACAAAGACUUUAUACACGUGAGGGAGGGGAGCACAGGUGGAAACAAUCAAGGAUUAGGGAUGAGGUCAGACAGGUGACACAAGAGGAAGGGCAACGACCUGAAACGAGAGGAGAGUUACCUUUCAAAAUAAAACAUGAAAUUCACAAGACAAAAAACCCAAGACAGGACAUCCCUCACUGUGGUGUGACAAUUAUAUCAGCACAUUAUGAUAGUGAUUAGCAUAUGUAAAUUGAGAGCUACCUUUCUGUUUUGCAUAAAUUUAGCAUGUUUUGUUUAUGUCAACAGACAACAGUAUAGAAAAUCUGUUUUGUUUUUUCAAAUGUUUUGUGUAUGUACAUAGUAUGCCUAUAAGCUACAGCAGAGGAUCCUAUUAUCACAAAGUGUGCUAGACAAUGGAAGGAGAAACAAACUCACAUAGUCUGUUUAUGUCUCAGGUAUAAGGAAGUGGAAACCUCAUCCUAAAACCUCAUUAAUACUAAUUUUGGAGUUCUUCCUUAUACUAAUUACCUCCACAGUCGUGCACAUCACUCUGUUGAGUGUUUAGUAUACCAGAUUUUAGAAACAGGCAAGAGAGCCUCUCCUUUAGUCUCUGUCAUUGUUGAGGCUGACUUUCAGGAGCGUGUGAGAGUUUGGCCUAAAAUGUGGAAAAGUAAAAAAGAAAAAAUAAUAAUAAAAUGUAUUUUUCAUGAACAAAUAAAAGAAUUUAACAUUU